AUGCCGGCCUCGGACUACGACGGCCGCGCCCUCGCGCUGCCGCUCGAGGACGACACGACCGGCGAGACGCCCAUAUGGAGCCGGCGCUCGCAGUCGUUCGCGCGCUCGUCGCACUCGAGCCGGCCGCCGACGCUGCUGCAGCGCGGCCUCUCGACGGCGCAGACGGUCCAGCGCCGCGCCACGGCGCAGUACAACCAGCUCUCGCCUGUGCAGAAGCUGCUGUUCGGUGCCGGCGGCAUCGUCGUGCUCGUCGUCGGCAUCCUGUUCCUGGUGUUCAACGAGCGCAUCUUCGGCGCGCUGCUGCCUUAUGCGAAGAAGUGGCGCGACGUGACGGCGGGCUGGCUGGUGCUGUGGGCGCUUAUAUUCACAGUCAGCUUUCCGCCGCUGAUUGGCUACUCGUCGCUGUUGACGGUCGCGGGGUUCGUGUAUGGCUUUCCGAACGGCUGGUUCAUCGCCGCCUCUGCCACCGUCGCCGGCAGCACCGCCUCCUUCCUGCUGAGCCGCACGCUGCUACGCAAGAUGGUCACCCGGCUGAUCGAAAACGACAAGCGCUUCGCGGCGCUCGCGCUGACACUCAAGCACGACGGCCUCAAGCUGCUAGUUAUGAUCCGCAUGUGUCCGCUGCCAUACUCACUCUCCAACGGCGCCGUUGCCACCUUCCCAACCGUGCACUGGGCCUCGUUUGCGCUCGCAACCGCCAUUGUAAGCCCCAAGCUGAUGCUGCACAUUUUCAUCGGCAGCCAGCUGGAGAAGAUUGCCGAGAGCGGCGGGAAAAUGGACGCCCGCACAAAAGCCAUCUCGUACCUGAGCAUCGCCAUCGGCGCCGUUGCCGGCGUCGCAACGGGCUGGUUCAUGUACAAGAAGACCAAGGAGCGGGGCGCCGAGCUCGAGGAGGAAGAGCGCCAGGGCGUGCGCCGCGCGAGCAUCGAGGGUCUGGCGAAUGAGUACGCCGACGAGCCUGAUGCGCUGGAAGCGGCCGUCCACCUUAGAGAGGAAGACGACGAUAUCAGUCUCCGCGGCGGCUGGGACGACGAGUACACGGACGACGUCACUGACGCUGCUGAGAUUGGGGACGACGACCCGUUCAGGGACGGAGAUGCCGCGGAUGCAGAGGACGGGAGGGGGCGGAAGCCGUGA